CAGGGAAUACGAAAAAGUGUAAAAAAGGAAAAAUUGGGCGUUGUGCUUGUGCCUCGUGAGCCUCCGUUGCCUUGGGCGUUCCUUUCGCGCAACCUGCUGGGAGUUGUAGUCCUGGACCCGGGGGUGCCUGGGAGGCGGGGAGGGGGGGCUUUGGAGUUUCUCAGCGCCAAUUCCGCGGGAAGGGCCCGGGGGCCUCACACUUCGGUUGUGGGAGCUGCAAGUCUUAUCCGGGGACACACCGCACUUGUAGCCGUGGCCGCUGUCGUUUUCAGCCGGCUCUGGAGAGCGGGCCGGAGCGACAGGGCCGAUUCCGGAGCGGGACUGAUUUCUUAAAAUAUUUCAACCAUGACUAAAAGAGAAGCAGAGGAGCUGAUAGAAAUUGAGAUUGAUGGGACAGAGAAGUCGGAGUGUACGGAAGAAAGCAUAGUAGAACAAACUUACACCCCAGCUGAAUGUGUAAGCCAGGCCAUAGACAUCAAUGAGCCAAUAGGCAACUUAAAGAAACUACUGGAACCAAGACUGCAGUGUUCACUGGAUGCUCAUGAAAUUUGUCUGCAAGAUAUACAGCUGGAUCCAGAACGAAGUUUAUUUGAUCAAGGAGUCAAGACAGAUGGAACUGUACAGCUUAGUGUACAGGUAAUUUCUUACCAAGGAAUUGAGCCAAAGCUUAACAUCCUUGAAAUUGUUAAACCUGCGGAAACUGUUGAAGUUGUGAUUGACCCAGAUGCCCACCAUGCUGAAGCAGAAGCACAUCUGGUUGAGGAAGCGCAAGUAAUAACCCUUGAUGGCACAAAACACAUUACCACUAUUUCGGAUGAAACUUCAGAACAAGUUACAAGAUGGGCAGCUGCACUGGAAGGUUAUAGGAAAGAGCAAGAACGCCUUGGGAUACCCUAUGAUCCUAUACAGUGGUCCACAGACCAAGUCCUUCACUGGGUGGUCUGGGUAAUGAAGGAAUUCAGCAUGACUGAUAUAGACCUUACCACACUCAACAUUUCAGGAAGAGAAUUGUGUAGUCUCAAUCAAGAAGAUUUUUUUCAACGGGUUCCUCGGGGAGAAAUUCUCUGGAGUCAUCUGGAACUUCUUCGAAAAUAUGUAUUGGCAAGCCAAGAACAGCAGAUGAAUGAAAUAGUUACAAUCGAUCAACCUGUACAAAUUAUUCCAGCUUCAGUGCAGUCUGCUACACCAACUACAAUGAAAGUUCUAAAUAGUAGUGCAAAGACAGCUAAGGUACCUAGAGCUCCAAGGAUUUCAGGAGAAGAUAGAAGUUCACCUGGGAACAGGACAGGAAAUAAUGGCCAAAUCCAGCUGUGGCAGUUUUUGCUAGAACUUCUUACUGACAAGGAUGCUCGGGACUGCAUUUCUUGGGUUGGUGAUGAAGGCGAGUUUAAGCUAAAUCAGCCUGAGCUGGUUGCACAAAAAUGGGGACAACGUAAAAAUAAACCAACUAUGAACUAUGAGAAACUCAGUCGUGCUUUGAGGUAUUAUUAUGAUGGGGACAUGAUUUGUAAAGUUCAAGGCAAGAGAUUUGUGUAUAAGUUUGUUUGUGACUUGAAGACUCUUAUUGGAUACAGUGCAGCAGAGUUGAACCGUUUGGUCACAGAAUGUGAACAAAAGAAACUUGCAAAGAUGCAACUUCAUGGAAUUGCUCAGCCAGUCACAGCAGUGACACUGGCUACUGCUUCUCUGCAGACAGAAAAGGAUAAUUGAGUCCCAGAACCUUCCGGGAGACUGAGGUCUUCCUUAAAUAUUUAGAGCAUGUAUUGCUCUUACCUUUAUUACUGAAUUUGAAUCUUAUUUCUAGACUGUAAAAUCUGAUGCAUGAUUUUUUUUAUAUAAAUAUUUCAUACUUGUGAAUUUGAAUCUUUUUACUUUGAGCAUAUAUUUUAGAAUAGGAAUCACCACAAUGUUUUCAGCAUGAAGGCAACAUGUUGAUUGUGGAAUAGUUUGUUAACAGUCAGGAAAGUUAAACUGGUCAGUAUUAAUGUGUAACCCUACCAAAAAUAGCCAGUAGCACCUAAAGAUGAAAAAUAAAGUAUAUAUCUUCAGGAAACAGUCUAGCAUACUGUUUUUGAAAAUGUAACUAUUUCCCCUCUCUGCUGCUUUAGAUGUUGCUUUACGUAGAGAGCUCAAAAUGGAAUAUUUCACAGCUAAAGCAUGUGUGCUUGUUUUAUCUAAUCAAGCAGAGUUA